CUUCCUCCUCUGGUGGGGGCGAGAGCCACACCCCAGCCUAAGCUAGGGUCGGCAAGUCCCCCAACGGGCUGUUAGACAAGUGAGUUUCACUUCCUGCCAGCCCCAAAGUUAGGGCAGGAUGUCUGGGGGUGGAAUGAGGUACAAGAGGAGGGGCCCUCGGCCCCACGUUAGGCAAGCCCCGAGGGGAGCUGCUGUAGGUCUCCUGAGUUUCCCUUUUGCAAAGAGACUGAACUGAAAGGGUGAUCCUAACCUGAUGAAACUAUGCCAAAAGAACCACUGAGUUCUACCAGUUUUUCCAGGUUCCCCCUCCAGUUUCAAGCACAAAGGCUACUACGGAUGUGGGUGUGUGGAAGGAGAGGAUAGAGUGGAAAACAUUAGGUGGGAGAGGAUUGGGGGAAGGAACGUAUACGUGUUAAUAGUUGCAAAUUAAAUGCAAAACAGCAUCCAAAUGAAUGCUGCUUACUCGGCAGUCAUCUUAGCUGGGCAGCCGCUGCUGGGUGCAAGAAGGAAGCUGCUGAUUUGUUAGGUUGGGACCUCCAAUAGUCGUAUUUCUAAGUAACGGAAUGUUCAUGUGUGGCAUAUUGUUAUUGUUACUCAGUUUGAAAAAAGGGCUUCCAAGUGAUUUAGUUCUAGCCCGAAAGCUUUCCGUCUUCCCCCGACAGGGAGGACUCUUGGGCAUUAGCCUUAGCCAAAGCAGAAGGAUGAGGCAGAAACAAUUUCCGUGGUAAAGUGCUGCAUAAAUGUCAGCAAUUUGCAGACAGUGAGGGGUGGGCUGGGGUAAAGGAGAGGAGAAAAGCGAAGACUGGGAGGGAGAAACCAGCAGCCAAGGGCCUUCCCAGCCUCCGAGGAAGCAAGUCGAGACGGAAUUUAGCUUGGGGGACGUGGUCGAGGGCGGGAAGAUUUGCAGUUAGUAAAAGGGGAGGGGAGAAGGGCAGAAAUGGGGAGUGCUGGAAGGGCUGCAGGGUCAAGCCCAACCCCUCCGAUCACGCCCCUCCCUCCUUCCCUCUUUCUCUUUCUUCCCGCACCCUCGGGGUAGAGCCGUAGACCAAGAGACGCUGAUCGAGCGCCGACUCUCUGCGGGGCGCGCACGCCGGCGGCCCGGGCCUGCAGCGUCUCCUUUCCUUUCGUCUUUGCGGCGCCGCCCGUCGAGGGAUGUCGUCCAGCCGCCAGCCCGUUCCCGAGGACGAGCUGAAAGGUAAAUAUAUUGCUUCAACCCAGCGACCAGACGGGACCUGGAGGAAGCAGCGGAAAGUGAAAGAAGGUUACGUGCCUCAAGAAGAAGUUCCUGUGUAUGAAAACAAGUAUGUAAAGUUCUUCAAGAGUAAACCCGAACUACCUCCCGGGCUGAGCCUAGAGGCUGGGGUCCCAACCCCACCCCGGCUAGACAGUGGUGAACCAGGCCUUUCUAAGACUGCCAAACGCAACCUGAAACGCAAGGAGAAGAGGCGGCAGCAGCAAGGAAAGGGGGCAGCAGAGACCUUGAGCCGGACUCUGGAUAAAGUGUCAUUGAAGGAGCCAGCACAGCUGCCAAGUGUGCCCCCUGCUCCCCGAGCUGCCCCUGCCACAAACCCUGACAAACCCGACACACUUUCCACCACUGAGAAAGCCAAGAAGAUAAAGAACCUGAAGAAGAAACUUCGUCAGAUAGUGGAGCUGCAGCAGCGCAUCCAGAGUGGGGAGAUCAGUCAUCCCAGCAGAGAGCAGUUAGAAAAACUGGCGAGGAGGGGGGCCUUAGAAGAAGAGUUGGCGGACUUGGAGUUAGGCUUAUGAGGCUCCUCGUGGACUGGGAAUGUGGACUGUAGGAUAAACCGUGAUGUUCCCUCAGAGGGGCCUGGGGACUGUGGUGGCGGCAGCAGCAGCCUGGAGUUACGUGCCCUGCUCUCUGCCCUCCUAUUCUUGCCCCGCUAUCUCUGGCCCAGACUUUCCUUCCAGAGCCUCGCCUCUCCAUUAAUCCUCACCUUGAGCCCUUUUCGGACUCUACCCUUCCCUUUCCCUGUGUCUGGAAUCUCAGUGACUGUCCCAGGUACCACUCUUCCUGGUUUGGGGUUUUUCUUUUUUAUUUGGGUGGGUGGGUAGAAUGGGUCAGGGUCUCAGGAAGGGCUGAACUUAGGGUGGGGAUGGGUGACUAUAAACUCUUGGAUUCUUGGUUCCUGUUUAGUGUUUUGGGGUUAUUUCCAUUCUACCCCGUUCCUUUUUUCCUUUUUUUUUUUUUAAAGAAUAAGAUAAUAAAUCCCAAGUAGAGAUGUUU